AUGGCGGGAACUCCCCCUACCGAUGGCAAGAGCACCGAGGUCCAAUGGUUGCAUUGGGGCCCCGAUGCGUUUGCGCUUGCCCAGGAGACUGACAAACCGGUCCUCCUCUCCAUAUCGGCCGUCUGGUGCUAUUGGUGCCACGUCAUGGAGGACACAACCUACAGCGAUUCGGACUUGGCAAGCUUCGUCAACAACAAUUUUGUGCCGGUGAUGGUUGACAAUGACCACCGGCCCGACGUCAAUGCUCGCUACAACGUGGGCGGCUGGCCUACCACGGCGUUCCUGACGCCCCACGGGGGCUAUAUAGCGGGAGCAACCUACCUGCCUGCCGACCAGCUUCUGGCGAUGCUGAUGGAGGUCAAGCGGGCUUACGAAGAGGACAAAUCCGGCAUCUACGACCAGACAGCCCAACUGCACCGCCAGAGACAGGAUUACGUGGGUAGGGUGUCCGCUGGCAUUGGCGAACUCGAUCAUCGCCUGGUGGAUACCACAGCCCGCCGCAUGGCCGGCGCCUACGAUGCGCGUUAUGGCGGAUUUGGCGAAGAGCCCAAAUUCCCUUCGGCACCGAUUCUGCAGUUCAUGCUGCACCUUUACCGCACUUCCGGCGAAGAUUUCUACCAGGCGAUUUUACAGAAGUCGCUGGACGGCAUGAUCGCGGGGGAACUAUACGAUGGAGUCGAUGGAGGCUUCUUCCGUUAUUGUGCUCAACAAGACUGGACCGAGGUCCAGCAUGAAAAGAUGCUGGAAGAUAAUAUCAACCUUGCCAGGGUUUUCCUGGACGCGUCAAUUCUGCUGGGCGACCCUGGGUACCAGCGGAUAGCUUCCAGUACGUUGGACUACCUGGUUACCGUGCUGCUCGAUCCUGAGACCGGGGGCUUUCGUGGCAGCCAGGGGGCCCAUUCCGACUAUUUCGGCUACCCCGAAGAGGACAGGAAGACAGGGGAAGCGCCCGCUCCGGACCCGUUUUCCUACACCGGCUUGACCUGCCAGGCAGCCUCCCUGCUUUUAGAAGCGACUUGGAAGUUGCCCAGGCCUGAACUGGCUGCCAUUGCCCUCAAAUCGCUGGAAACCUUGUCGGCUUUUGCGGCCGGUGGGCGACUGCCUCACGCCUUCGACCGACACGGGCGACCUUCGCCCCAGCUUUCCGAAGAAACUGAUCUCCUGACCGACUGGGCCGCCUAUUUGAAUGCACUGCUGGACGCUCACAACUCUUGUCCGAACGACCCUGAAUACCUGUCGCUGGCCCAGCAGGCCGUCGAACAAUUGGAUGGAAGGUUCUAUGAUCAGGCCAGGAGCGGGUAUUUUGAUACUGAGGCCGAUACUGGUGCAGUGGGUUACCUGAGGCUGCGGGAAAAGCCGCUGUCGGAGAACGUGAUCAUGGCCGAGGCUCUAUUGAAGCUUCACCACGCCACCGGCGGCACGAGUUAUCGGUUGAGGGCAGAAAACGUGCUCCGCGCCUAUGUCGAGGCUAACCGUGACUUCGGCGAACAUGCUGCCAGCUAUGCCGUUGCCGUGGAUCACUUCCUGCAUCCCCCGGUAGAAAUCACCAUCGAGGGUGAGGCCGGUCACGAAGCUACAGUUGCCCUCUCGCUGGCCGCCGGUCGGGUCAAUCACCCUUAUGUAAUUAUCAAACCAGUGACUGCCGAGCACGGGGCCGCAGCGUUGGCCCAUGUGUGCGUGGACACCCUUUGCUUCCCGCCGGUCAGCCGACCCGAGGAGUUGGUAGCAUCGGUGUCGGAAGCCUUGGCGGGUCCGCAAACUCCGGCUGAAAGCAUUUUUGAAAGAUUUGUGAGCUUCUAA